UUAAUUUGCUAUUCAACAACACUUGCUCCUCCGACUUGGAAGAAUCCUUUAGGUCCAACAACGCCUCUCUUCUUCUCCUAAUCAAUCAAUCAAUCAAUCAAUAAUCUCGCUUCCUUCUUCACCGCCUUGCUCGUUUUCAAGUGCGCUCCCGUCGUAUCUUCCGAACCCGUCAUCCUCCUCGCCAACGCUUCUGACGUCUCUCACUUGGGUUUUUUCCAGCGAUCUAGCGUCAAGGAGUUGGUCGUCUUUGUCGGUCGCACUGUCGCUAGCCGAACCCCUCCUUCCCAGCGCCAGUCCGUCCAGCACCAAGAGUACAAGGUUCACGCUUACAAUAGGGUUCAUGGCCUUUGCGCUGUGGGGUUCAUGGACGAUCAUUAUCCUGUUCCAAGUGCCUUUUCUCUUCUCAACCAGGUCCUUGAUGAGUACCACAAGAGUUUUGGUGAGACAUGGAGGUCUGCAAAAGAAGACCCCACUCUGACGACUUGGCCAUAUUUACUCGAAGCUUUAAACAAAUUUCAGGAUCCAGCAGAGGCUGAUAAGCUGUUGAAAAUCCAAAGGGAGUUGGAUGAGACCAAGAUUAUCCUUCAUAAAACCAUUGAUAGUCUUCUAGAACGUGGUGAGAAGCUGGACAGCCUAGUGGAGAAGAGCUCAGAUUUGAGCAUGGCAUCGCAGAUGAGUGUGGCGAGCGAUUCUCCAGUGCAUUCCUCAAGUAGUGAUGAUCUUGCUGCUUUCCUCGAUGAUGAAUUGGAAACUGUUGAGGAAGUAGAGAUUGAAGAAGCAUCCUCAAGCAAGGGAGAAUGCGAUCAUCCAGGUUCGUUUGGAAACAUGUGCUUUGUCUGUGGGAAAAAAUUGGAAGAAACUGGUGUUUCGUUUAGAUAUAUACACAAGGAAAUGAGGCUCAAUCAAGAUGAGAUCUCCAGGUUGCGUGAUUCAGAUAUGGGAUUCUUGCAACGCCAGCGGAAGCUGUAUUUAGUUCUCGAUCUAGACCACACGCUGCUUAAUUCUACCAUAUUAAGGGACCUGAAACCAGAGGAGGAAUACUUGUAUAGCCAUACUCAUUCUCUUCAAGAUGUUUCCGGAGGUAGUCUUUUCAAGAUGGAAUUUAUGCACAUGAUGACCAAACUGAGGCCGUUUGUUCACUCAUUUCUAAAAGAAGCCAGUGAGAUGUUUGUGAUGUACAUAUACACAAUGGGAGAUAGGCCAUAUGCGCGACAGAUGGCGAAGCUGCUGGACCCCAAAGGAGAGUACUUUGGUGAUCGGAUCAUUUCUCGGGAUGACGGCACAGUGAGACAUCAAAAGAGUCUAGAUGUGGUGCUUGGACAAGAAAGUGCUGUUCUGAUUCUUGACGAUACAGAGAAUGCGUGGCCAAAUCAUAAGGACAAUUUGAUCGUAAUAGAGAGGUAUCACUUUUUCGCUUCGAGCUGCAGACAGUUUGAUCACAAAUACAAGUCUCUAUCGGAGUUGAAGAGCGAUGAGAGUGAACCAGAUGGGGCACUUGCAACUGUCCUGAAAGUCCUAAAACAAGCACAUGCUCUUUUCUUUGAGAAUGUGGAUGAAGACAUAUCUAAUAAAGAUGUUAGGUUGAUGCUGAAACAAGUGCGUAAAGAGAUACUUAAAGGAUGUAAAGUAGUGUUCAGUCGGGUGUUCCCAACCAAGGCAAAGCCAGAAGAUCACCCUCUGUGGAAAAUGGCUGAGGAUCUGGGAGCAACCUGCGCAACGGAAGUGGAUGCAUCAGUGACACACGUGGUGGCCAUGGAGAUGGGAACAGAGAAGGCACGUUGGGCUGUGAGAGAGAAGAAGUUUGUGGUGCAUAGAGGAUGGAUAGACGCAGCGAAUUACCUGUGGAAGAAGCAGCCAGAAGAAAACUUCAGUUUAGAGCAGCUCAAGAAGCAACAAGGAACAGAAGAAGAGUGAUAUAUGUAAACCAAUGAGAAAGAAGUGAUAAACUUUGUUGUUUAAUUGAUCCUAAGGAGUGUAGUAGUUCUAGAACCCAAUUCGUCAACAACAACUGUCGCUCCUCUUGGGUGAAGAGUAUUGUAGGAACAAGAGAGUUCAAAGGCUGGUUGGAUGAUGGAGAUGAGAGGAAAGGUCCAAUGUCACUUCCUCAGCCUACACUUUCAAGCCUUCUCCUUCAACUUAGUUUCCUUCCUUUCCUGGAGCAAAGGUCGCAAAGAUGGCUGAUACAGGAGCAAAGGUUGCAAAGAGACAGAUGGGUGAUGGGAAUGUCAAUGGCAAUGGUAUUACUGUGAAGAAAUUCAAAGCGGCCGAUAAAUGCUACCAAGGAAGUCUACGCUUUCCUCCAAGAAGAAGUCUGAUUUCAGGGAGACUUACUCUUGCAGGUCUCUCCCUCUCGGCAGGAACUCAUUUGUCGAAACAAUGUUGUAUACUUGCUUUUUUUCAUUUGCUCUGUGAUCUGUUCUCUGGUUAUAUUGAUGUAUGAACUUGCUAUGAAAUUUCGUCACUGGAUUUUAUAAUGUUUCUCUAUUAGCUAUUGGGAAAAACAUAACCAUGUUUGCUUGCAUCAAUGGUGCUAAAAAAAACAAGGAAAUCUGUAUCAUAA